AUGAGAAAAUAAUCUCAAACACAAUUACUUCUGAUAGGCACCAUUAUAUUAUCAUCACUGAGUGUCAUUAUUGCUAAAUCUACAGUUUAAGUUAGCAAAGAAUAAAAUCAGAUUCUAAGACUUGACAAUUUCAACAAAGAACUCUUCUGGGAAGAACCAGAUGAAGGUCUAUAUGAAGUGGAUGUAGGAUUAAGAGCUGCUGAAGGAGAAACUGGAAGUCAUCUUCAAGCUUUCGCAGAUAUAAAUAAUGAUAGAUAUACAGAUAUAAUAACCAUUAAUGAAGCUAAGACUGUGUUCACUGUGCAUCUUUAUGAACCAGCAAAAAAGAUGUUCGUUUAUUAGAAGAGUUUCAAACCUAGUGAUUGCCAAAAAAUCACUAAUAUAGCAGUCGGUAGAUCUGUUGAUAGAAUAAGACUAUUUAUCACAUGCUAAACAUCAUCUAUAAGCAGCUAGUCAACCAGUACUUCUAAUCAUGGUACUGUCAUUAAGUUAUUCGAUAAAUACGGAAAGUAUGUAGACUUUGAAGAACAAAAAAUGCAAAUUCCUAUUGAAUCAGGAAGUCAACCAUUCAUUGCAGAUCUUAAUGGAGAUUACCUGGAAGAUAUUAUCUAUACAGAUGUGAAUCAUGACAUCAAAGUAGCGUUCUAAAAGAGAAAUCCUGCUGAAUUAUUUGUCACAGACUUUGACUAAGCUUUGCUUGUCACUGAUGAGACGGAGGGUUGCUUACAGAAAAAGAAUGUAAAAAGGAAGUUAAGUGUUCCCCAUUCAACUUCAUUAAUUGAUUUUGAUGGAGAUUGCCUAAGCGAUUUAUUUAUUACAGUGACUGAGGUGAAUUCUGGCAAAUCUUUUUACGAAAUUUACAUUAGACGUGAAAAGGAACUGCAAGACGAUCUUAACUAAGAUGAUCCUUAAAAUAUAUCUGCAAAUUAAACUUAACUUGAUAGCUCUUUAAGAGGAAUGAACACUUUUUGUUUAGUUUCCAGAGAGGAGAUACCAAGCUCGACUAACAAUCUCUUUCAUUUUGCUGACGUUGAUAGAGAUGCUAUGAUUGAUAUGCUAUUUGUAACUAAGAAUGACCUUAGCCUGCAUGUCUAUCACAAUAAGCUGUAAAAUUUAUAGAACACUCUUAAUUAGUAAGGACAAUCUGGCUUAGGCUAAAAUUUCAAGCAAGUGUGUGCUGAUACCAACAGACCAAUAAAUAAAAUAAAGGACAUCUUUCAAUCAUUCUCAUAGAUUGAAGAGAAAUAUGUUGUUAAGCAAUUAAUUUCAAAAGACUCUAAUGCAGUUGACAUGUACUCUGAUGAUGAAUAAUCUAUGCCAGGCCGUUUAUAUAUUGGGGAUGUUACCUCUGAUGGAUUCCCCGAUAUUUUAAUAACUAUGAAAUAUAUCAAUGGCACUACCAAAUCGCAUAUAUUGGUAAAUUCUCCAUGCGAUAGCAUGUGCACUCCAAAGGCGGCGAAAGCAAAAAGAAGAACUUUCAAUCUGUAAUACAAUUAAUACUAGAACUUGCUUGAUUAAUUUGAUAAGGUCAGAUAUGCUGUCUUCUUUGAUUUAAACGAAAAUAGUAUGAUGGAUAUAAUAUUAGUUAAGGGUGAAAAAUCAGAGAUAUCCGCAAUCUAUAAUAAUUUUGCGAAAGAUGCCUUUUUCCUUAAAUCCAGAGUAAUUUCAGAUGAAUCAAUAGGAAAUACUCUUCAUUCAGCGUCAUUCAGAUGUAUUUUGACAGAUUUAGAUGAAUAGAAAUUCAUUUCAAUGACUGGGUAGAGUGGGUAAACUGCUUUUUAAGCAUUAUAAAUGCCAUUCGCAUAGAUUGGAAUUGGUAGAAGUAACAAUUUUAUUGAGUAGUUUACUGUAGCAGUUCCCACAAAUGGCACUAGAGUGAUGAAAAGAUGGACUCCUAUUAUCCCUAAAAGUGUACUUUUCGUAAUGGUGAAGAAUGAUGAUUAACUGACAAUCCCUUCUUCUGAUCUAUGGGGACUAGAUGUGCUAGUAAAGCCAAAUGAAAAAAUGAUACUAAUUUUACUAGUAGAUGCAGUAUUCCUACUAAUUCUUGGACUUAUCAUCAUUAUACUACAUUUACUAGAAAAGGCUAAAGACAGAAAAGAGGCAAAGUCAUUUGACUACUUCUGA